AUGCGAUUACUCGCACAGCACAGGUACCGGGUGCCUACCGGCAACAACUCGACAAGGCGCCAGAAUGGCCGGUAUGAGGUCCAUGGCCGAUGCGACAUGCACCUCGAGCAAGAGGCAGCAAGUACCUGCUUGCACGACGCUCCCAACAAAGGUGCUGGUUCGUGCGACGACAAGGUGCCGGGCCCUUCAACGCCGGUACGAGCGUCGGACGGCGAGACGCAGCAUGGCCAUCCAUUCAUGCUCAAGCAUGCGACGACCCUUCGAGCAGCCAUUGCAUGGCACGUCCAGCACCUCCCGCGUUGCGGCCAAGGCGCCUACCUACCGCCCAGUCGCAGCCUCCCAAGCCAGCAAGUUUUGCUCACAGCGCUGGGGGUGGAGGAUGCAGGUGUGCAAGAGUACGUGCACUAUAUUGAUGCUCCGUACGGAGUGCAAGCAUUCGUACCUACAGUGCAUGUGCGCUGGCAGGUGCGAAACAUGGCCCUCGUUGCAGCCUUUGCGCUCCGCCGCGUACGCAUAGGUGCCGGUAAUACAGUUGACGCAUGCGCUCGGAUCUGGAUGCCCACUAAUCACGGAGCCGUUGGAGCCAUCGCCAUCACCAUCGUCUCCGCCGUCGCGGCGGCCGAUCACUUCCCUGGGCAGGGCGACGACGCGUGUGCCGGCGACGUGCCAUCACAUCGCCGUGCGCUUCCCUCGUCCACUGCCUUGCUCGCACCGGGCGACUCUUGA